AUGAGCCCUUCGAACUAUGACUGUUCCUUCUCUGCCCGAAGUAGCGAGCUUGAGCCAUACGGAGAUGUUGCAGGGCCCGGCGUGCUCGCGGGAUUUUUGGGACCUGGCUGGCUUUCGGUUGGCCUGGUCUUACUGCACUACAUUUUCGUCUUCGACCCGAAUAAAGAUCCAUUCCUCGCAGAUGGUCAAGAAGGCGGCGAUUGCGACGACCCAAAUGAGUGGAAAGCAAACCCGAUCGACUCUUUGGUAAAAUAUGUCAUUGGCAAAGGCCUACGAUGCAUAAAGAUAAAUACAGUCUGGGGCAAUGCCCUCGAAAUGUCAAUUUUGGGAAUGUGCGACGUUCAGUUCGUGACCGGUAUUGGAAUUCUCAUUAGUGGGUUCAUCGAUCUUCGGAAAGGUAUCUCGGCAUACCACUUUUAUCUCAUCACCCACGUCGCUUGGUUCUCCAACCUCACCCAUAUCUGUGGUCUUACUGUCUUACGCAAAUAUCUCCAUAGCCGUCCUAUCGAAAAGGUGAUCCGGCUAUGGUCCAUGGCAGCUUUGGCGAUCCUGCUGCUUAUCGCGAUGGGACCGACGCUGUUCUUCAAUUGGGCUUAUAUCGACCCAGAAGGUUCCGCAAGCCUGCCGGGUACCGACGCGAUUUGCUUCUAUAAUCCUUCUCGGUCAGCGAGCUGGUUUCUCUUAUCAAAGAACGAUGGCUCAGGACUUGCUAAGACUACUGCUUUUCAAUCGGGACUAACGUCUAUUCUUUUGCUGUUUCUGAACUUCACUAGCCGAAUGAUCAAGUUCCAGAAAUCGCUUUCUGAUAGUCUCAAGGCCUUGAGAAGGUUACUGUGCGGCUACUUGUUCAAGAGUAUUUGCCUCCUCCAACGACGCCGCUCACAAACCACGGGCUUGAGGAGUUUCUUCAACCGUCGGAUGAUGCUUUACAACCUUAUAUCAUUACUCCUUGUACUAACAUUGUAUCUUGAUCUUCUUCUUUCCAGUUUAUGGGAUGUGUUCUGGUUACUUGCCUCUGCUUUUUGGGGCACAUUUAGACUUUUUAUGACCAAGUCCUCAGCCAAUGUUGAUGAAAAUGACUGGAAUUUCGGCCAAAUCCUUCCUGCUUUUCUUCUACUAGGACCGAUAGUUACUGCUAUCAAGGCAGCUUUCGAGCACCAGCUAGAAUCCACACGAUCACAAUCCUCUUAUGAUACAAGGACACUCGAAACCGGUCGUUACAGACUUGCGAACAAUGAGUGGACCGUAACUGAUGCUCUUGAUGACUCGACCGAAUCUUUGGAAAUGUGUUGUUUCCAGGAACACAUGGAAAAUUGUCUUAAAAGAAACUACUACGACCCAAAGACUUGUCGAUGGAUGCCUUGGGUUGUUUUAUUUGCUUGUCUCCAAGUCCUGGCAAUAACUAUCAUGGCGUUUGCUACGCUUAUCAAUGUGGGACCGAACGUACGGACAGUUCUAUUAUCAUCCGUAUUCAACAUCUUGGUUAUUAUUCCAUCUACCACGUAUAUGCUUGUAAUCACAUGCAUCAUAUAUGAGAUAUAUGGCCCAGCGCGGGGUCGGUCUUGGAUUUUUACAAUAUUUCUGAUCAGUGUUUCUGGGGCCUUUGUAAUAUACCCUCUUUGGGAAGUUCUGGGUAACUUUGCUGGAACACCGACAACUGGAAUGGCAACUUCCUCUCUCAUUUUGAUAUCAGGAGGCAUCAUGGCCAUUGCAGCUUCUGGAGUCUGUGAACUCUUACUAUUCGCAGGCGGGAAGGAUUAG